AUGACCGACACAGUCGAUGUCAAAGCGCCGGGACGAGAGCGACGUCGAUCCUUGGGAGCUACCGCAAUACCAGCUGCCAAAGUGGUAGAAAAGAAAGGACCUCGUGAUGGGAAAGUAAAUGAAGGACUCAACGAGACAGCCGAAAUAGGAAAAUACGUCGCAAUCGACUGUGAAAUGGUCGGAGUUGGCCCUGACCCGGACAACGAAUCUGCCCUCGCUCGAGUUAGUAUUGUGAAUUGGAACGGCGACCAAGUCUACGACUCCUUUGUACGACCGAAAGAGAAAGUGACCGACUGGAGGACACAUGUCAGUGGCAUAGAACCGAAACAUAUGAUCGAAGCCCGCUCUCUCGAAGAUGUCCAAAAGGACGUUGCGCAGAUAUUAGAGGACACAAUACUAGUCGGCCAUGCAGUUCGCAACGACUUGGAAGCUUUGAUGUUGAGUCAUCCGAAGCGUGAUAUUCGUGACACAAGCAAGUACCCUCCAUAUCGUAAAAUUGCGGGCGGAGGGUCGCCACGACUGAAACUGCUCGCAUCUGAGUUUCUCGGACUCAAGAUUCAGGACGGAGCUCAUUCCAGUGUGGAAGAUGCAAGAGCUACAAUGCUUCUUUUUCGAAGAGACAAGGAAGGAAUUGAGAAAGAGCAUGCGAAGAAGUGGCCAGUACGUGUAACAACUGUUGUUGCCGAGGGAGAAGAAGGUGCUCAAGCGAAGAAGAAAAGGAAGCCCAGAAAGAAGACCCGCAAGAGGUGA